AUGGACAAAACUCAAAUAUUGGCAAAGAAAGCGAUAGAUGCCGUUAAACGAGAAGUUAAAAUACAGAAAAUAUUGGGUGCUUACACCUUCACUGCCCGUCUUUUUUCGUGCUGGCAAAGUCGCGAUUUGUUGUUUUGCCUCCAGCAAAUUGCCGACGGGCAUAGGGGCGAUCUAUUUAAAGUUUGGCGAGACUUUGGUCCAUUCCCCGAAGAAACUGUCCGGCUCUUUGCGGCCGAAUUUGCAUGUGCUUUAGAUUAUAUGCAUCGUAAAAAUAUUAUAUAUCGUGAUUUAAAGCUCGAAAAUGUUGUUACGGAUGCGGAUGGCCAUAUUUUAAUUGUCGAUUUUGGCCUGGCCAAAGAGUUGAAGCCGGGCGCUAAAACGCGGACAAUAUGCGGGACUUUACAAUAUAUGGCCCCAGAAGUGUGUUCGGGUGUGGAGUACGGUCAUUGGGUCGAUUGGUGGUCGAUGGCUGUUCUCUUACAUAUUUUAUUCACCAAUCGAUAUCCAUAUCCAAAUGCCGACGUUGCUCACCAUUCUGAUUUAGCUUUUGUUGAUUAUUCCACGCCUCCUUCGGCGACAAGAUAUUUGGGGAAUUUUUUGGAUCGCCUUCUCUGUGUGACUCCUCAAAACCGGAUGUGCUAUUUUGAAGUGAUCCACGCCCACGAGUUUUUCCAGGGCAUGGAUUUUCAAGCUGUUGAGCAGCGUAGGUAUCCACCCCUCGCUUGCCUCGCAGCUUCUCGUUCCGUAAUUGGCGAUCGUGAAAGUGAAAGUUCCGAGGCAGAUCACGGGUUCGAGCGGAUGUUUGAUGAGGAAUAUCAAGAUUUUGAUUACAUAAAUGAUGCAAUGCAUCCGGGUGACUGCCACCCGGGCCAGCAAAUGUUU